CUCUGGUGAUCACUCCUCGUCAGCCAUGUUGUUGGUGUGACACACCAAGCUGUCAGCAACAGGUUCUCAGAGUACAAAUGUGGCAAAAACUCAACAUUUCUCCUACAAGAGAAACUCUUCGAGGACACUAACUUUGCCUGUGUAUCCCGGAAGCCGUCCAGAAGGGGUGGGUGAUCAUUUCUAACGACCCGAGAGCCCAGAAGUUGGCGUAUUUUUUUUUAGUGCGACGAGAGAGAUGGCUGUGAGCAGUAGCUGAGGACACCACUGGAAGGUCUCAACUUGCAAAUAUGAAUGGGGGUCCAGGUAUAUGGGCAAUCUCCCCAGAGGAGCGGAACAAACAUGAUCAGAAGUUUGACACCCUCUCCCCAUCAAUGGGCUAUGUCUCAGGAGAGCAGGCAAGGAAGUUUUUCCUCCAGUCAGGGCUGCCUGCCUCUGUGUUGGCUAACAUAUGGACUCUGGCUGACUUGAAUAAAGAUGGAAAGAUGGACCGACUGGAGUUUUCUAUUGCUAUGAAGCUCAUAAAGCUGAAACUCCAGGGCACACAGCUUCCCUCAGCACUGCCAAUCAUCAUGAAACAGCCUCCAGUGCCGGCCCCUAGUCUAAUUAAUCCCACCUCAUCCAUGUCGAGCCCUGCAUAUGGGAUUGGUUCUUUGCCCAUGAUGCCUGGAGUGAACCUUGCCAUGUUAACUCCUAUCCCCAUGGCAACCUCUGGUCUCUCACCUAUGACACCAAUGACUGGCCUCAGCCCUUUAGUUCCUAUGUCAACGGGUUUGAACCCUUUAAUAUCCUCAACUCCCACUAGACCCCUUGUGCCCUCUGUCGGGACAACUGCACUAUCCAAUGGCAGCCUGGGAAUUCUCCAGCCAAUCCCCACUGGAUCUUUUGCAACUGCCCUACCUCUGUCUGCAACCUCAUACUCCUCUCAACUUGGACUCUCCUCUUCACUUGGUGGUGUUAAUAAGACUCCAUCGCUGCUUGACCUGGCAUCAGCGAGUUCUGCCUCCUCGUCUCCCUCUGGGAUGUCCCCCAUGGCUGCUGUUCCCAGUGACUGGGCUGUGCCUCAUGCCUCUAGACUGAAAUACAGACAGCAGUUCAACAGCUUGGAUAAGCAGAUGACUGGAUACCUCACAGGUCAGCAGGUGAGAGGUCCUAUGGCGACCACAAUGCUGACACAAACCCAGCUAGCAUCCAUCUGGAAUUUAUCUGAUGUGGAUAAAGAUGGUAAACUGAAGGCUGAAGAGUUUAUUCUGGCAAUGCAUCUAGUGGACAUGGCAAAGAGUGGACAGCCACUGCCACUAAUGCUGCCAGCUGAGCUGGUACCACCCGCACAAAGGAGUGCACUCAAUGGCUCCAGCUCUUCUCUCUAUGCAGCUCUGACUGAUGACCUGGACUUAGAACCUCCACAGAAAACCAAAACCAACCUUUCAUUUGAGGAUAAAUUCAAAGCCAACAUGGAGCGAGGCAAUGCUGAGCUGGAGAAGAGACGACUGGCUCUGCUGGAGGCAGAGAGGAGGGAGCAGGAACGACGAGCUCAGAAGGAGAGGGAAGAACGAGAGAAGAUAGAGAGAGAAGCUCGGGAGGCUGAGGAGAGAAGGAGGAAAGAGGAGGAGAGGAGGCUGGAGCUACAGAGAGAACUGGAGAGACAGAGAGAGGAAGAGAGACAGAGAGAGAUCGAAAAAAAAGAGGCUGCCCAACGAGAACUGGAGCGCCAGAGGAAGGAGGAAGAGACGAGGCGGAAGAGAUGUGACCUGCAGAUAAAGAAGGAGCAGGAACAGGAUGAGAUCAUCAAACUGAAGGCCAAGAAGAGAAGUCUGGAGAUGGAGCUGGAGGCAGUGGGUAACAAACACCGUCAGAUUUUGGACAGACUGCGUGAUGUUCACAACAAGAAGAAGCUUCAGAGGACAGAGCUGGAUCUGAGUAGUCAAAGGAAGGAAGCCCGUCAACAGGACCUUUAUAACAUGCAGAAACAGCUUGAGGAGUUCCAGAGAAAGUUGUCCCACUUGACACCAGAACAGAAGAAACUAGCAGAGAAGCUGAGAAGCAUGGGUCUUAAUAACAUACCUGUUUCAACUAUAUCCACCUUGAAAGUGGGUGUUACAGAGAAGAGAGGAGUAUGCAUCAAACUGCAAGAGCAGCUGGAAGCCCUAGAGAAGGAGACUGCUGCCAAACUCACUGAGAUGGACCGCUACAACAAAGAUGUGCAGGAGCUGAGAGAAAGCCAAAGAAAGCAGCAGGAAGCCCUAGAGAAACUGAGGAGCAUCAAAACAGACAAGCAGCGUGAGCUGAUUCGGCGGAAAGAAGAGGAGGAGAAGAAACGUCUGGAGGAGGAAAGGAAGCAGAAGGAAGAGGAGGAGGCUCAAAGGCGUAUUAAAAUGGAAAAGGAGCGUCAGUGGCAAGAGAAGCUGAGGAGAGAUGAAGAGGAGCGUCAGAAGAGGCUUCAGGAGGAAAGGGAGGCCAAACAGAGGGAGGAAGAGGAGAGAGAAAGACAGGCUCUUGUUAAGGCUGCCAGGGAGCAGGCCGAACGAGAGCUCAGAGCAAAGGAGGAGGCAGAGAGAAAGAGAAGAGAGGAGGAGGAGAGAAAGAAAAGAGAAGAGGAGGAACGUCUGAGGCAAGCAGAGAGGCGCAGGCAGGAGGAGGAGAGGAGAAAACUGGAAGAAGAGAGGAAGCAGCUUGAACAAGAGAGGAGGAAGUUAGAGGAGGAGAGGAGGAAAGAAGAGAGACGAAGGGAAGAGGAGCGACGCAGAAAGGAGGAGGAGAGGAAGAGGUUAGAGGAGGAAAAUAGGCGAGAGAGGGAGGAGGAGGAGAGGAGGAGACAAAGAGCCGCUGAAGCUGCUCUCCGAGAUGCUGAGGAGAGGAAGAGGCUAGAAGAGGAGGAGAGAAAGAGGAGGCAAGAGGAAGAAAGACGGAAGAAAGAAGAGGAGGACAGGAGGAAGCGGGAGGAAGAGAGGAGAAGAAUUCAGCAGCAGCAAGAGGAGGAGAGGAGGAGCCGUGAGGAAGACAGGAAAAGGGCAGAUGAGGAGAGGAAGAGAAAGGAAGUGGAAGAGGAGAGGAGGAAGGCUGAUGAAGAAAGAAAAAAGAAGGCGGAGGCAUCUCGUCAGCAGCAGCCAAAUGGAGGGAAGGUGGAUAUUCAGGAGAAGCUGACGGCUCUGCUGAGAGGGCUGGAGGAGAGGAAGGGUGGGCAACCAAGGGCCAGACAGCACAGGAAGUCGGCCUCUCUCACAUCCUUCAGAGCACUUUACCCCUUCACUGCUCGAAACAACGAAGAGCUCAGCUUCACUGCAGAGGAUAUAAUUGAGGUUGAUGAAACAACAGAGCGAGAGGAGGGCUGGCUGUACGGCAGCAAACAGGGGAAGAUGGGCUGGUUCCCUGAGAGCUACGUUGAGAAAAUAACCACACCAGACACCAGCAAUAAGACAGCUGCUGCUCCCCCUAAGCUGCCGCUACAGUCACAGCUUUCCAGUGCCCUCGAAGCUGCUAAGGUGGCAGGCACAAAGUCUGCUUUCACACCAACACACUCCCCAAACCCUGCACCCCUUGAGACACAUGGACAGCAGGUGGUGGGUAACCUGCUGGCUCAGGCUCUGUGUUCCUGGACAGCAAAGACAGACAGCCAUCUGAACUUCAAUAAGGACGAUGUAAUUCACGUGUUGGAGCAGCAGGAGAACUGGUGGCUGGGAGAGUUGAACGGUGAACAGGGCUGGUUCCCCAAAACAUAUGUGAAGCUGCUGGGAGAAGAGGAGGCCUCGGACUCAAAGAGUUCUGCUGCCACAGAUGCCACAGACUCUGCUGACAGCCAACAGCUUGAAGAGUAUGUGGCACUAUACACGUAUGAGUCUCCACAGCCUGGUGAUCUCACCUUUAGAGAGGGGGAUGUUAUCUUGGUAAGCAAGAGAGAAGGAGAGUGGUGGAACGGCUCCAUAGGCGACCAAAGAGGCCUCUUCCCCAGCAACUAUGUCAAACCGAAAGAGACAGAUACAUCAAGCACAUCUGGAAAGAAAAAGCCAGAGAUUGCCCAAGUGAUUAGACCCCAGUCCUCUGGUGGUCCAGAACAGCUGAACCUGGAAAACGGUCAGCUCAUCCUCAUCCUUGGCAAGACCUCCACUGGCUGGUGGCUUGGAGAACUUCAGGCGCGUGGUAAGAAACGUCAGAAAGGCUGGUUUCCUGCCAGUAAUGUCAAAAUACUGGGAUCCAACAGUGGUAAAUCCACACCAGCAUCUCAGCCAGUCUGUCAGGUGGUCGCCAUAUACGACUACACAGCUGCCAAUCAGGAUGAGAUGAGCUUCUCUCAAGGCCAGCUGAUCAAUGUUCUAGACAAGAACGACCCUGACUGGUGGAAAGGAGAAAUCAAUGGCGUCACUGGGCUCUUCCCCACCAAUUAUGUGAAGAUGACAGCAGACGGCGAUCCCAGCCAGCAAUGGAGUGCAGACCUGAACAACCACGACUGUCUGAGCCCCCAGGAGAAGAAGAGACAGGAUUACAUUCAGGAGCUGAUUGAAACUGAGGAGAAAUAUGUUGAAGACCUGCAGAUAGUGUUGGAUGUUUUCUACAGACCGAUGUCCGAAUCGGGUCGGUUGAAAAAUGAAGAGAUGGACAUGAUCUUUGUCAACUGGAAAGAACUUCUGGCUUGCAACACAAAGUUUGUCAAGGCUCUCCGUGCUUGUAAAAAGACUGGUGGGGAGAACGUGCCGGUGCAAAAGAUCGGACCUAUCCUGACUGAGGAGCUGUCCCACAUGCAGCCAUACAUUGAUUUCUGCUCACGUCAGUUCAGUGGCGCUGCCCUGCUCCAGAUUCGCACCGACAAUGAGCCAGACUUCAAGGAAUUCCUCAAGAAAAUCGCCACCGACUACAGGUGUAAGGGCAUGCCCCUGUCCAGCUUCCUGUUGAAGCCCAUGCAGAGGAUCACACGUUACCCACUGCACAUUAAAAAGAUCCUGGAGUGCACUGCAGAGGGCCAUCCUGAUCGAAGUCAUAUGAAAGUGGCUCUGGACAGAGCCGAGGAACUCUGUCAGCAGGUGAACGAGGGUGUGAGAGAGCAGGAGAACUUGGACAAGCUGGAGUGGAUUCAGUCCCAUGUACAGUGCGAUGGCAUUUCUGAGAAUUUGGUCUUUAACUCUAUUACCAACUGUUUGGGCCCCAGAAAAGUGCUGCUCAGUGGGAAGAUGUACAAGGCAAAGAGCAACAAGGAGCUUUGGGCUUUCCUCUUUAACGACUUCCUGCUUUUGACUCAUGCAUCAAAACAGUUCACUUCAUCUGGAAUUGAUAAACUGUUCAGCAACAAGAACAACGUUCAGCUGAAGAUAUACAAACCGCCUGUGCUUCUAAACGAAAUUCUGGUGAAGCUUCCGGAUCCGUCCAGUGAGGAGCCUGUAUUCCACAUCUCGCAUAUUGAUAAAGUUUACGUCCUCAGGACUGAGAACAUCAAUGAGCGGACGGCAUGGGUCCAGAAAAUAAAGGCGGCAUCUGAGGAAUUCAUCGAGACUGAAAAAAAGAAAAGGGACAGGGCUUAUCAAGCCCGGUCCAUGAAGGCCAGUGGCAUUGGCAGGUUACUCGUCACAAUUUUGGAAGCCACUGAACUCAAGGCGGGAAAACCUAAUGGUAAAAGUAACCCUUUCUGCGAAGUGACCAUGGGAAGUCAGAGCUUCACAUCCCGAACUAUCAACGACACGCUGAAUCCAAAGUGGAGCUUCAACUGCCAGUUUCAUAUCAAAGACCUCUACCAGGACGUCCUGUCCAUAACCAUCUUGGAGAGAAACCAGUUUUCACCUGAUGAUUUCCUGGGGCGGACAGAGGUUCCUGUAGCAACCAUUAAGAAAGAGUUGGAGAACAAAGGGCCGGUGACCCGGCGUCUUCUGCUGCAUGAAGUUCCCACAGGGGAAGUGUGGGUCCACCUGGACCUGCAGCUAUAUGGCAACAAAUAGCCUUGAAAGAUGAACUGAAUUAAGGAAUGGUUUCCUCCACAGAGACACCCAAAUAAGAGCAAUUAACCAAAAAGGACAAGCUGCUUGUUUUUACACCAAUAGACUACAACGGUUUCUUCAACUUGCAUAAGAAACCAAGGAGAUGCUUCCAUAGAAAUACACUCGAUGCCUUAAAGAUGUAAUAUUUACCAGCACUAGUUUACCUCCGCUGAAGUAAUCAGGGACUGUGUCAUUAUCUGGACCCAAUUAUAGAAGUCAAAGCUGUAUUUAUUUUUGCCGGGAAUCAAAGGACGCCUGCAUCUGUACUAUGCUGAUACUCUGAAGGGCCUAAACCGGAUGAUGAGGAAAUGUGGUAUUUCACAGGGAACGGGGUCAAAUGGAGAAAAGCUAUUUUAACUUUUACCAUCAAAGAAAUAAAACUGGGUGCUCUUUGGUCAGUCUCACAGAUGACCCUCAGUUACAUCAUUCAGAUUUUUAAGUAUUCACAUUUUGCCAAGUCUCUCCACCAGGGCCAUCCAGCCAGUAGAAGUUAUAACUGGUGUUUUGUUUUAACUGACGUGUGAAUGAUUAGGUCUUUAUUUUCUAUUCUUGUUUUUGGUUUAUGAGGUGGUGAUGGGCUGCUGUUGAAAGGCUGUGCUGACCGGCCACUGGGUCGUCAUAAGCUCCCUGGCUCAGUGCCAUCCUCACUCAGUUGCAUGAAAGACGUCCUGAACAGUAGAUGACAGAUGAUGGACAGACUCAUGAAGGGAUUCAGACAACCUGAUUGGAGUGCAAAGUACGCAGAUUCUUAAAUCUUUAAGAAUCAUUGGUGCACUGUAUUUGUACAACUUCUAGAGUUUAUUAAAGGCCAGAUGUUGUUAAAGUCUCUUAUCACCAUCUAAAAUCUUUUGAUUUACGUAAAGAUGGCAUUCCGCUAGGUUGGUUUUUCUUUAGUUGGAGCCAAUCCUGAUUAGGUUGGAGGGAAAAAGAAGAAAGCUGUGUUGAUUCACUGCGUCUCUUUUGGUCUUAUCUUUUAGGGCAAAGGUAUGUGGGUUUUAUUUUAGAGAUCACUUACUGGCAGUUUGUCAAC